AUGUUGAUCCGUCACACUUUGGGCUUUCACGAAUCAGAAACUCUCUCAGGUUCAUCAAGCCUCAUAAACACCCCACCACUUUCAGGCUCACUCAAUGAUCAAGAGAAGGUACCAAUUGCAGAUAUUCUUGAACCAACUGAUCAUGGAGCUUCUCCAAAGAAAGAAAAAGCACCCCCAAUUUCAUUAGCUUCUUUGGAGAUUCUAAAGCCAUAUAGCAAAUUCUCGAGGCACCUUUACGGUAGCGAUGCUGUAAAACAGAGCACCAACAUCGACACCCAAAUUGGAGGAGAGAGAAAGCUCUCCACUGAAGAAAUAUUGAGAAUUGCAGGACAGCAGUAUCUCACUACUGGUGAAAACCUCUCCUCUUCCCCAAAGCCUUUCAGUUUCAAGCUUUCUGACUUAACUGACGAAGAUGUUAACAACAUCGAGCUCGCCCACCUUCUUUUAUCUUCAGCUGAAAAGAUAUCAAACCAGCAAUAUGAUGGAGCAAAGAGGCUUUUGAUGGUGUGUGAGUUCGAGUCUUCGCCAGUUGGUAACCCAUUGCAACGACUGGUUUUCCAUUUUGCCGUUGCUUUGUGGGAGAAGAUAGAGAGAGAAACUGGGAUGAAAUCUCACAAGCCUGAAUAUAUAGAGGGAGAAGCAAAUGAAGAUAAAAUGUUGAAGGGUUAUCACCCAGCUGUAUUGGCAGUUUAUCAGGCCGUUCCUUUUGCAAAAAUCUUGCAAUUUACAGCAAGCCAAGUUAUAAUCGGCGCCCUGGCCUCUGCAACAAAAAUUCAGCUAAUAGACCUGGAGGCGAGAAAAGGCCUGCACUGGACUAUGGUUAUGUAG